AUAUCGUCCAGAGCCAAUAAAACAUCUUGGUUUGUGUGGUUUACAAAAAAAAAAAAUCCCUUUCGGCGACUGUACGUGUUAGUGACGUCAUGACGCAGCUGGCGCGUCAUUCCGGAUGUAAACACCGUUCGGUUCACAUGGAGGGAAACAGAGGCAUGGCACCGGGGCUGGAGCGUUUCCUCAGCCCGGGGAAAGGCAACGGUCUGCGGGCGACAGGCGUGGUCAGGCCGGGAGAGCUACUGUUCUCCGCGGAGCCGCUGGCAAGCUGCGUGUCCAACAGACGCUCCAGAGAUGUCUGCCACCGCUGCUACACACGAUGCGAGACCUUGCUGAGGUGUUCCCAGUGUAAGACCGCUCGCUACUGCAAUAUCACUUGCCAGAAACAGGCCUGGUCUGACCAUAAGAGAGAGUGUAAAUGUCUGCGGCGCCUGUUACCCCGAGUUCCCACUGACUCGGUCCGUCUGGCUGCGAGACUCAUCUUUGCGUUGUUGAGUCCAUCUAAGGGCAGUAGUGAGGAGCUGUACACUUUAGAGGAGCAUGAAUCACACCUCAGUUCCAUGUCUGAGCAGAAGAAACAGGGUCUGUCUCAGCUGGCUUCUAUGUUAGAAUUGUACCUACAACAAGAAGCAGCUGACCUGGCACAGGAAAUAACAUCAGCACUGCCACCAUCCUGCAGAGAACCCCUCAGCCUCAUUGCAAAGGUGACAUGUAAUUGUUUCACCAUCAGUGACGGAGAGCUGCAAGAGAUUGGAGUUGGGCUGUAUCCGAGUCUGUCUCUGUUAAACCAUGACUGCAGGCCAAACUGUGUGAUGGUGUUUGAGGGGACAAAGCUGCAGCUCAGAGCUGUUCGAGGCAUCAAACCUGAGGAGGAGCUCACUAUAAGUUACAUGGAGACGUUGUCCCUGACUGAGGAUCGACAGAGACAGCUGGAGGACCAGUACCAUUUUACCUGCCACUGCCAGAGAUGCCACUCUCACGACAAAGAUGGACUCAUGCUGUCUGGUGACGAAGCAACAUGGCGCCUGCUAAAGGAGGCUCUACCCAGACUGGAAGAACAACAAGCAAAGUCAGAUUGGGAAGCACUACUACAAAGCUGCAGUGAUUUGUUAUCAACUGUUGGUGGCGCUGUGCCUGAUGAAAAUCUCUACAAGCUUAGAAUGACGGACAUGGCUUUGGAUGCCUCCAUUCACCUGGGUCGGUGGAAGGAAGCUGUGAGAUAUGGAGAGAAGACAAUUCCAGUUUACAGACAAUAUUACCCUGAUCCCCACCCAGUCCAUGGAGUCCAGCUGAUGAGAGUUGGAAAGCUGCAACAUUACCUGGGACACAUCGAGGAAGCUUUAGACACAUUCAAGCAGGCCUAUCAAAUCUUAAAGCUCACCCACAGUGACGAUCACCCCUUGUCCAAGGAUCUGUUGAUGAAAAUGGAAGAAUGUCGCUGUGAGAUGGACCAGCAGUGAUCCUGCAGCCACUAACACCCCAAUACAACUGUGACUUGACGUCUUUACAUGUCACUCCAAGUCUUGAUUUGACUCUUUAGGUCAUGAGUACAUGCCUGAAUUUCUAUCAUCUGAUUUCUGAUUAAUAAAAAAGCUUUUUUUAAAUUCUUCUCUUGACAACUUGUCUUACACAUUGACAAUCAGUCCAUGUUGGUUUUGUGGUUCUGUUUUUUUUCAGCCUGUUGUUCAGUGUUUAGCCUCCCUGUCAAUGUAAAGUUUAUGGACAGACAAAGAUCCUCAUAAAUUCUGUCUGUGUGGGAGAGAGAGAGAGCGAGAGAGAGAGAGUGUAGACCCUCGUCUCCUGUGUGUAAUCUGCAGAUUCCAUCAUGAUGAGUGAUCUCAUGCCCUUAGUUUAGUGUGUGUGAGUGUGUGAGUGAGUGUUGUUUUAGUAGAGUCCGGUUUUCAAAACAUCCAUCUUUCCUCAAUACAUAUUCAUCACACACACUUCCCAUGUUAAUCCCUGUUUUUGUGUGUUGCUCUGUCAGUAUGUGACCUCCAAGUUAAACCCAGAGUGCAUCUGUGAUGGAAUGUGCUUAUGGGUCUCAAUCUCUCUCUCUCUCUCUCUCUCUCUCUCUCUCUCUCUCUCUCUCUCUCCCCCUCCCCCACACUCACAUACACACACAAAGAUAUUUGUCUUAUAUUAGUUGAAAGGAAACUCGUUGAAAUAAUGCACACCGUAGCUCCUAACAUAAACCAUGACACAUAAAUGCCACACUACAACCCUCACAGUAAAACUAAGUCCUAAACCCCAAAGAACACUUUCAAGUUGUGAGAAAAUGUCAUAUUUCUACACACACAUGUGCACACUUACCCACACUUGCCAUGUUAAUCCCAAAAAUCUCCUAUUUUCAAACUGAUGACAGCACUUCCUCUGAGAGACAACCUCUGUGUGGGUGCGGGUGUCCCUCUGUGGGUGGGUGUUUCUAUGGUUUAUGAGAGGAUUAGAGUGGCAUUAUGUUUGCUUUAAGGUUACAAAUAGGUUUUGCUUUUAUGACACUUUUUGCUCCCUCAGGACUGCGACUGUCGGCAUGUUAAAAACCCCAAAUCCUUCAUCCAUCCUGGAUUAGUCAGAUGUUCAGUGUUAUUGGGCAUUUAAAUACAGAACAAAAUUAUUAUUUACAAUAAUUACAAAAUCAUAGAAAUUUCAGCAGCAACAGCAAAUCAUUUCGAUUUUUCCCCCUGAUAUGAGAAGAGUUGAGUGUAUCUUGAGGAGAUUAAAUGAAAAGACUGAUUGAAGACGUGCAGUCAUGGCUCCAGUCGACUGGUUCUGCUGUGCCUUUACCACCAUUACUCACUUCACUGACUCUGUUGCUUUCUGCCUCUCACUCUCACCCUCUCCUCUCUCCUCAUAACAGCCAUCGGAUUAGAUUUACGAUCUUCGUCAUGACCGUCUGUCUCUCUCUCUUUCUGGCACUCACUGCCUCUCUCCCCCAUUUUCUGUCUCCCUUACCCCCAGAAUUACAUGAACUGUAUGUGUGUGUCUCAUCGUCCUGUUCACUCUGUCCCCUCCUCUGCACCAUCGUACCUCUACACCUCUUAUCUUUACAUAUCUCCUCUCCAUUAUGUCUUUAUAGAAAUCCGCAGUCUGUAUUUCAAGUUCAACCCCAACACUAAAAUUAAAGAUACAAACCUUA